UAUAAACCCAGAUCUAAGAAGCGUGUAUAAGAGACAGAGGAACUGGCAAGAAAAACUGUUAAACCUAAUAAUAAAAGAACGGAGAUCCAUUGAAAACUUUAAAACGUAAUUCAAACUUUUUUGGUGAAUCAAGAAGCCAUCACCCAAGACAAAGUAAGGAAUUUUUCAUUAAUUCAUUUUUAGAUUAGCUAUUUAUCAAAUGCGCGUAGAACUCUUGAGAAAUAGUUACACUGUGGUAGGCUACUCAUGUGAUUAGGUUUUUCACAACUUUCUCGGUCGGGAUGCGUUUUGCUGAUUUGCGAACCGUUAGAUGCGGCACGAGCUAGCAUGCCAUGUUUGAGUGAGAAGCUCAUCAAAGGCAGGCAGAGGAAAGUGCUCAUGUAGCCUAUUGAUCAAGCAAAAUACCAGGCACUUAAAUGGUAGAUAGACAGAGUUAUUAGCUCAACCGAGCAAUAUUACCUUUGGUGGGUAGGUGAUGGGUGUUAGGCCUAUUGGCUCCAGUGGUACCAGGCUCCUCUGCUCCUAAAAUGAGGGAUUCCCAAUUGCAAACACAUGUCCACAUAAAUAUUUCAGAUACCAUGCUGAAAAAACCUGAAACACAUUUUUCUCUCCCUCCUAUAAGUUUGUCCUGUUCCCUCACAUCAUGUUGCCCAGCUAGCACAUUUGGUUCUUUGGAAGUUGUGGGAACAUACGUUUUUUUAAAUUUCCCAUUGGUUCUGGGAACCAAGCUAUACAUUUCCUGGGAACCAAGCUAUAAAGGUCUGAGAACUGAAGUGAACAUUUUGCCUGUUUUGGUAAAGUACAUUUUUAGGUUGCAGGGAGGUUCUGAGCACAUUUGAAUAUGGUUCCUUUAAUGUUUUCCUGGGAGAUGUUAUUUAUUUAUUUUAUUUAAGCUUUAUUUAACUCUGCAAGUCAAUUAAGAAAAAUAAAUACUUAUUAACAAUGACUCCUUAACUCUCCCUGAAUGUUUCAAUAAGACUUUUAAUAACACUGCUAGCUUGUAAAGCACAGAUUGUUUGCAUGAUUAAUGCCUAAGGAAAUUAAUUUCCAUGUAUCCUCAGUUAUUUUUUAUUGUGACAUGGCAUCAGAUUCAAACAAUCUUCUAUUCUCUAUCCAUGGAAUGGUUCCACUGUGCCACCAGGAAUGAGCUAGCAUGCCAUGUUUUUUACGCAUACAAAGCUGUUCAUUUUUGUCCAUUCAAACAGACACCAUUUCAAAGGAAACAAGCUCUCAUUAGGAUCAGGUGUGGCCGAUUAGUGGGUGCGGCCAACACACCUGAACACACUUAACAAGAUAGAGGAGAGAGAGAGUUUUGUUGAUGCUGAGAACGGAUUGUAUAUGUUUUUAAAUAACAUUCUUAAAACGUUCUCUGAACGUUACUAAAGUUUUCUUGUGGUUUUAUGGAAUGUUUUCUUAACAUUCUCUGAACAAUUUGAGAACAUGACUUUAAAUAGAACUACGAGGAAACCUGUUGGAAACAUUAUGCUGAAGUAUUGAAAUUCCCACAGAAGAACGUUGUUUCUUAACGUUCUUGGAACAAUUUGAGAACAUGACUUUAAAUAGAACUACGAGGAAACCUGUUGGAAACAUUAUGCUGAAGUAUUGAAAUUCCCACAGAAGAACGUUGUUUCUUAACGUUCUCUGAAAAAUUGGAGAACGUUCCUAUAACAAUUUUUAGAAAACCUUCUGUUAAAGUAAUGAAAUAAAGUUCCUUAAAUGUGCUGAGAAUGUUCCAAAGCCAAGCAACUAUACUGCACCAUUUCCAGAAAGUUGUGGGAAGGUUCUAUGCAAAACAACCAAUGAAAAAUCAUGUGGCAUUUUUACCUUUAUCCUAUGACUUCUGCCAUCAUUUCACCUCUCAUGUGGUCUAAUGACCUUUGUUCUCAAACAAGUGGAUAUAUGUUGUAUGUUAUAUGACAUUUCAUUUGCAAACAAAUGCUGAUAGUGGGUGUUUUCUACAUCAGGCAUCAACUUGAGUGACGUUUUAUAUGUGUGUUGGGGAAGCAGGCUUCAACUCAUAGCCUCCCGAGUGGCGCAGUGGUCUAAGGCCGGCCGCGACCGGGAGACCCAUGGGGCAGCGCACAAUUGGCCCAGCGUCGUCCAGGGGAGGGAAUGGCCGGCAGGGGUGUAGCUCACUUGGUAGAGCAUUGUGGGUUGUGGGUUUGAUUCCCACGGGGGGCCAGUAUGACAAAAAAAGAAUGUAUGCACUCACUAACUGUAAGUCGCUCUGGAUAAGAGCAUCUGCUAAAUGAGUAAAAUGUAAUAGUAUUUGGGUGUUGUUGUUGGGAAAGUGCAUUGAAUUGCAUUCCAACCGUGCUAGCAAGGUGCUAACUGCCAAAACAAACCCACUGUGUGGGAGGGAAACAGGGAGCGGGGCAGGGGCCAUGGAAACAUUGGGGAGUGGUGCUAGAGAGGGAGAGGUUAUGGGUGGGGACCCGAGGGAGAGGUUUUGGGUGGGGACCAAUGUUGCAAUCAAUAUUUGCAUUUGUCAUCAUUGCUACAUAGCAAUUAUUAGGACAUUUGGAUGACUGUAAGGGAGGGGAACAUUAUUGGACCAGCAUAUGGACUGAGGAGUUUCGAAAUCAGCUACUCACACAGGCAUGCAUUUAGCACACACACACGCGUACAAACACACACACACACACACACACACACACACACACACACACAGUGUUAUAGUUACUAAGCCCACCAUGACCACACACCCCUCUUCUACACCCGCUCGCUGUUCUCUCUACUGCCUCUGAACUUCUCCCUAUGUUCUCUCUGUUUUGCUCUCUUAGCAGUCUUAAUUAUCAAAAGGUUAGUGAAACUUUUUCACUAGCCUCUACACGCAUCAAAGUGGCUUUUAUGUUUAGACACAGCCGAUAAAGUACAGAUGGAGACCAUGGUUGGAAACUCCUCUUGGUCUUCUUUGAACAUGCCUCAUGCUCCUCUUGUUUUUAACUCACCUGACCUCUGACAUUUGACAUUGAACCCCCAUUAUUUUUAGAGUUGAAGCCUGACCUCUGAAGUUGUAGCCUGGAUCCUCUCAGAAUCAUAGUCUCAUGGUUCCCCUAACCUUUCAGUUAUAUGAAUGGCGGUCUAAACAGGUGAACUAAACUAGAUGUAACUGGGAUUAAUUAAAUGCUCUGCGUUGUCAUGACAAUAUGAUUAUUGUUUCCCAUCAUAUCUAGAGAUUACACACACAUACAUCUGUGGCUAGGUGGGGCUGUAGGGUCCGGUAUCAAUCAGUGAGUCAAGAGGUAUGUUAGGAUGUUUGGGGAAUUUGGGGAGUGUGUCUGACCUGAGACAAAAUGCUAACUACCCCAGCAUGCUUUGGGAAAGGCAGACUGUUGUAAAGAGUGUGAGUCAUGAAUGUGGUAAUUGUGGGAAAAGAUUAAAAAGAAAACAAGCUGGUUUCAGGAAUGGAGGGAGGAAAAGAGCGGUAGAAAAUAUGUAAGCGGAGAGAACAUGCAGAAGAGAGGUUUACAUUGGGGGAAUAGCGGUUGAAGUAUAGGAAUAGUAAUGUUACUAUCGUUCUCAGUGGAGUAUUGUGCAGUGUUGUCCAAGUAAUAUGUGUGCACUUAACCUCUCUAACAUUGAAUUGUUUACAUACUUUUGUAUCUUCAUUUGAUGUUAUUUUAUAGAUUUUCUCAAUCAAUUGCUCUUGUUUUCUAUCCUUUCAUUUCUUGAACUCUGCAAUCUCCAAUAUGACUACUAUUUAUCUCUGUCUGUAUCACCAAUCUAACAGUCUCAUAAUCUCAUCUUUAACUUUACCUUCUGUAUCACCCCUCUCAGAAUGCCAGGAGCCCGAUUGACUGUGAGUGGUUCUGAUGUGGGCCGUUUCCAUGGCGUCGCCCCGACCACAGUGCAGGUAACCAACCAGAAGGAGGCGGAAUCUAAUUCUAAGGAGCAGGGUGGCUGUCGCCGUUGGUUUCAGAAGAUGUGCCCCUGCUGCUGUCGACGCCAGAGCAGCUCGUAUGACAUCACAGACACAGUCGUCACAGACGACGGGGUGAAACCGGCCACGCUCCCCGAGCCCCCUCAGCCCCACACUGGAGACAACGAGCUGGAAGGUAGGUUACAUGAAGCAACAGCAUCGUUCAUAAUAGUAACACCAUAGGAAAAAAUCCCGCUUGGCGUUUUUACUAUUUUGUUGCAUUACAACCUGUAAUUUAAAUGGAUUUUAUUUGGAUUUCAUGUAAUGGACAUACACAAAAUAGUCCAAAUUGGUGAAGUGAAAUGAAAAAAAUAACUUCUUUCAAAAAAUUCUAAAACAUAAAUAACGGAAAAGUGGUGCAUGCAUAUGUAUUCACCCCCUUUGCUAUGAAGCCCCUAAAUAAGAUCUGGUGCUACCAAUUACCUUCAGAAGUCACAUAAUUAGUUAAAUAAAGUCCACCUGUGUGCAAUCUAAGUGUCACAUGAUCUGUCACAUGAUCUCAGUAUAUAUACACCUGUUCUGAAAGGCCCCAGAGUCUGCAACACCACUAAGCAAGGGGCACCACCAAGCAAGUGGCACCAUGAAGACCAAGGAGCUCUCCAAACAGGUCAGGGACAAAGUUGUGGAGAAGUACAGAUCAGGGUUGGGUUAUAAAAAAAUAUCAGAAACUUUGAACAUCCCACAGAGCACCAUUAAAUCCAUUAUUAAAAAAUGGAAAGAAUAUGACACCACAACAAACCUGCCAAGAGAGGGCCGCCCACCAAAACUCACGGACCAGGCAAGGAGGGCAUUAAUCAGAGAGGCAAAAAAGAGACCAAAGAUAACCCUGAGGGAGCUGCAAAGCUCCACAGCGGAGAUUGGAGUAUCUGUCCAUAGGACCACUUUAAGCCGUACACUCCACAGAGCUGGGCUUUACGGAAGAGUGGCCAGAAAAAAGCCAUUGCUUAAAGAAAAAAUAAGCAAACAUGUUUGGUGUUCGCCAAAAGUCAUGUGGGAGACUCCACAAAAAUAUGGAAGAAGGUACUGUGGUCAGAUGAAAGUAAAAUUGAGCUUUUUGGCCAUCAAGGAAAACGCUAUGUCUGGCGCAAACCCAACACCUCUCAUCACCCCGAGAACACCAUCCCCACAGUGAAGCAUGGUGGUGGCAGCAUCAUGCUGUGGGGAUGUUUUUCAUCGGCAGGGACUGGGAAACUGGUCAGAAUUGAAGGACUGAUGGAUGGCGCUAAAUACAGGGAAAUUCUUGAGGGAAACCUGUUUCAGUCUUCCAGAGAUUUGAGACUGGGACGGAGGUUCACCUUCCAGCAGGACAAUGACCCUAAGCAUACUGCUAAAGCAACAUUUGAGUGGUUUAAGGGGAAACAGUUAAAUGUCUUGGAAUGGCCUAGUCAAAGCCCAGACCUCAAUCCAAUUGAUACACCAGCAGAACCCAUCCAACUUGAAGGAGCUGGAGCAGUUUUGCCUUGAAGAAUGGGCAAAAAUCCCAGUGGCUAGAUGUGCCAAGCUUAUAGAGACAUACCCCAAGAGACUUGCAGCUGUAAUUGCUGCAAAAGGUGGCUCUACAAAGUAUUGACUUUGGGGGGGUGAAUAGUUAUGCACGCUCAAGUUUUCUGUUUUCUUGUCAUAUUUCUUGUUUGUUUCACAAUAAAAAAUAUUUUGCAUCUUCAAAGUGGUAGGCAUGUUGUGUAAAUCAGGCAUGCCAAAAAAAACAUUUUAAUUCCAGGUUGUAAGGCAACAAAAUAGGAAAAUGCCAAGGGGGGUGAAUACUUUCGCAAGCCACUGUAUAAGCAGUAAGCGCUGACCAUUGCAUUAACUUUUUAAAUCUCUCUCUCUCUCUCUCAGAGCUGAUGUUGUCAGUGCGCUCGGUGGAUCUACUGAGCUCUAAGACGGGUCAGAACCGCCUGGAGCAUCACACCAACCUUUAUCAUGGCAAUGAGCUCAUCAUCCGACGUGGCCAGACGUUCCAGAUAGAACUGGACCUGUCGCGACCUUUCAACUCCAAUACAGACAAACUCCACCUGGACCUCAAGACAGGUCAGUUUCACUUUGAGGGCUCUCACAAAAAGGCUAUUUUGUUAUCCUUGGUACAGUACAGUAUGUCCUUUACAUAAAGCAGCACAUAAUAUAAUAUAGAGUUGUAGGACGUGUCCAGCUGUUUCCUGGCUCCCCAGACACAGGAAGGGAACACAGGGAGCUGUGACAUGAAAAUUGUUCACAUUAUUUACACUGCUUAAGACAUACAGUAAGCUCCAAAAGUAUUUGGACAGUGCGUUUUUUUUUCUUUGUUUUGGCUCUGUACUCCAGCACUUUGAAUUUGAAAUGAUACAAUGUGCAGCCUGACAGCUUUAAUUUGAGGGUAUUUUCAGCCAUAUCAGGUGAACCGUUUAGAAAUUACAGCAAUCCUGAAUGAAUCCUGAAUAAUUAUGAGUUAGAGAGUUACAGAUGCACAAAUAUCAUACCCCCCCAAAAAAUGCUAACCUCCCCUGUUAUUGUAGUGGUGAGAGGUUAGCAUGUCUUGGGGGUAUGAUAUUUGUGCAUCUGUAACUGUCUCACUCAUCAUUCUUCACGAUUCAUUCAGGAUGAUCUGCUAGCAGAGUCCCUGCUGGUAUUUAUAACUUUGGUAGUAUAUUAUGGCUAAAGCACUCAGGUAAUGCCAUUACUUUUACUCCACCACAUAUUGCUGUUUUGAUGGGGCCAGGAGUAUUUCCUGACCUUGUGAGCUGACCAGGAAUAACUCCUUUUCUUUCAUUCCAACUGCUGCAGAGGUGAAGGGUCAAAACCCUAUUACUCAGGCCCUAUAUAUAGCCCAGUUUCCUAUCAGUCAUAUUGGCAGGAAAAAAAACAUAUCUUCUUUAAUUCACUUUCACAACUAUGAUUCAUUCUAAGAAGAGGAAAUAAUAUGAUAGGAAAGUAGGAUGCUCUCUAGUUGUUGCCUUGAAUGGCUUCCUGAGUGUGUCUGACAAAACCUUGGUGGUCUGGAAGAGAACAGGGUCUCCUGCACACUAUGUAUACUUGCAAAGUGAGAAAUGCAAUUUUUCCGUCAUAAGGAAUGAAAACUAUGGAGACUAAUAAGGAUUCAGCGGCUGGCCUUACUAACAAUGCUAGGACAGAGACAGUUUGGAUAGAUUUCCUCUCAACAAGCGCAGAGAGAGAUAGAAGAGAGAGAGAGAAGGGAGAGAUAGAGAGAAGAGAGAGAGAGAGACGAGAGAGAAGAGGAGAGAGAGAGAGAGAGAGAGAGAGCGAGAGCGAGAGAGAGAUAGAGAGAGAUGAUAUAGAGAGAGAGAGAGAGAGAGAGAGCAGACGAUAGUAGAGAGAUCGAGAGAGAGAGAGAGGAGAGGAGAUAGAGAGAGAGAGGAGAGAGAAAACAAGAGAUAGAUCUUCUUCGAGAGGAGAAUAUCGAGAGAUCGAUAGAGAGAUAGCAAAACCAAACAGCAUACUAGAUAUUUUAAGAAGCCGAACGCACCCCGCCCACAUUUUAGGCCUACCUCAUACUUGUUCUGUGUCUAUGCUCUCAGUGGAGUUUUCACAGUACUACACUGUGUUUACCUCAUCUGAACUGAACUGCAUGACAGUGACACACUAGUGGUUUACACUUGGUUUGUCACUCUCUGGGACAGCAGACUAUGAAUUACAGUGAUGUGGAGACUGUGGUUUUCUCACUUUACUGCAUACCAGACUACACAUUGCCAGUAAAACAGACCACUGUCAUUCCACUAUCUUACCUUAUUUAGUCUCUUCAAUUCAAUUCAAGUGUUUCACUGGUUUGCAGAGCUUUCUCUUGCUCUUUCACACAUGCAAGAACAGGCAAGCAAGAACAGGCAAGCAAGCACACGUAAACACACUCAUUCACUCUGUAUAAAUAGUCAGCAUUGGCAUUUGCCAAGUGGAGUGUGAUGGUAUUGGAAUUGCCAUCCCCAUGGUUACGUGAGGAAUGUGAUUUCCUGCCAGUCAAGUGCAGCUGGUAAGGGUGUGUGCAUGUGUAUGCGCAUUUGUAUAAAAUAUCAGUAUAUUUUACUGUAUGCACAUUUAAAUGUUGGUUUAGUGUGGUCCUUUUGUGAGUGAAGAGUGAGCCCUUUGACAUAUUCAGGAAAGGUAUGAAUGCAAUGUGGGUUGGCACAGUUUCCAUCAGAGGUAAGAGAACAAUCAAUCUUCAUUGUUAUCUGGGGUGGGUUCCUAAAUUCAAUCUGGAGUGCCAGAGUGCGCUCAGAGUGCGCUCUGGGCGUUCGUAAAUUCAGAGCAUUGACAGAUUGUCCAUUUGUAAAUUCAGAGCGUUUCGCUCUCGGUGCGUUCAGAGCCAACACUGGAUGCUCUGGCCGAGGAGUAGGGUUGAACCGAGCGUUCUGACCUCACAACAGUAGUCAAGCACCCACCCAAGCUAACUGACAUUGGCUAGCUUGCUAGCUACUUCCAGACAAAAAUGAGAGAACACCUCACUCUGACCAUUUUACUCACCCUAGCAGAGCUGGUUAGGCUGUUUUCAUGUUAUCCAGAGCGUUGGUGACUGUAACUGUGCUGUUGGCAACAAUUUAAUUACGCUUUUGUGCUGACGUUUACCGACACCGGCCAUAUUCAACGGGUGUUAAUCAUUAGUAAAUUCAUCAGUUAUUCUGCGCUCUGGCACACUCAGACGAGAGUGCUCUGAAAUCGUAGGAGACCUCCAGAGUGAAUUUAUGAACACAUUGCAUAGUUUGUUGAGGUGGGUUUCAGGCAUCACUACACUGUUAUUAUACCGAUAUUACACUGUUAUUAAACUGUUAUUAAACUGUUAUUAAACUGUUAUUAAACUUAUUACACUGUUAUUACACUGCUUAAAUCAACCUGAAGCUUUGUUUUACUACCCUGAUAACCAUAAAUGUAAACUAAUCGUUUAUUAAUUUGUCUGACAGGACCCCUCCCCAUGGUGUCUAAGGGCACGCACAUCAUAAUUCAAUUGGUGGAGGAGCUGGCAGAUGACAGCUGGGAGGCCAAGAUCAUGAAGCAGAACGGCAACAGGAUCAAGCUGUCCGUCAACUCGCAUCCCAAAGCCGUGAUUGGCCAGUACAAGCUAACCGUGAUGGUGCAGUGCCCUAAGCGGGAGGCGGCCAUCACACACGACCCCAGCAAAAACGUUGUCAUGCUGUUCAACCCCUGGUGUGAAGGUAAGGAUGAGUGGAAUGUUGUGGGACAGCAGAAGGUAGAGAGAAAAAGAGAGAGAGACAAAAGUUGCACUUGGAUUAUCUCGCCUGGCAAACUGGGUGGGCGGGAUUUGCAUGUUUAGGACCAUUGCCACUGACGUGCCAACCCCGCCCACCCAUGCUCACCUAAAGUGUGAAACAAGUGGGGCAAACAAAGAUAUUGCAUUGAAUCACAAUUCAGCUUCGAUGCUGUAUAUAGGUGUAAUGUUUCAAUGUUGUUAUUCCAUUGCAAUAGGAACAGACCUCUAGCCCAAUUCAAACACCAGGGCCAAGUGUUACAGAGCAGACACAGAGGAGGCUGGUUCUGGGACUACAAUUUAUCCUCUUGGUCUCUCAGAACAGCACUAAUGUAAAUGUGCACAUAGGGGGACACGUAGCUCACUGCCCAAUAACGUCCUGCUAUCCAUCACAAAAAAGGUCACUGCUUGACCCAUUGGGACCCAGAAUGUUUUCUUCAUUCUCUGGCUGCGCGUCAAGACCACACAUCCAUUUGCUUGGGACUCUGGUCUUUCCAAUUGACGUUGGCAUGCUUUACCGUAUACUGUCUCUAACUGUUCAAUCACAACCUGUAUUUUGAGGUCUCUGGAGUUAAAACACUUUCAGGAUGUGCGUUUUGAUUCAUUAAAACUAUGGAUGUACAUGCACAUCCUUGGUAAAAUGAAAAUAAAUUGAAACUGGUUAUAUUGAUUUAAAUAUGCUUUGUUUAAUCUGAUUAAGACAUAUGUUCUGCCUUAUGGAAAGCGCUGUGUUUGAAUAGCGCUAUCUGUCUUUAAUUGCACGGUUUGGCAGGUAGCCCAAUCUAUCCUUUCCUGUCAUAAAAGUUGACAGUCCACAAUUACUGUACAACAGCUGGUAAUCUUCUCUCUCUCUCUCUCUCUCUCUCUCUCUCUCUCUCUCUCUCUCUCUCUCUCUCUCUCUCUCUCUCUCAUGCUCUCUCUCUCUCAUGCUCUCUCUCUCUCUCUCUCUCUCUCUCAUUCUCUCUGAGCACUUGUUGAGAUGAAAUGUAUACAAUGCAGCCCUUUUCCUCUAAAUGAGCCGGCCCCUCUGUGAGCUCCAGACAUUGUGCUAGUAACAGUUAACCCUCUCCUGGCUACACUGACUCUCCCUGGUGUUUAUCGAAAUAGUAAUUUAGUAAGACAGAUAUGACGAUGAUGUGGACUGUGAAUGAGAGAACAUUUAAGAAAUGUCACACAAAUACGUACACAUUUCACCUGUAACUUCAGCAGUGAAUAAAUGAUAAAUGUAUACCUAAUCUUUGUCCCCUGGUUCGCUCUCUCUCUCCUUAGAUGACACAGUGUACAUGGAUGACGAAGAGGAGAAGAAGGAGUAUGUGCUGAAUGACACAGGAAGACUCUACUACGGUACAGAGACACAGAUUGGAGCUCGCACAUGGAACUAUGGACAGGUAUUAGACAGGGAGGAAAUCAAGUGUGGUUGCGAUGAAAUCUUUCUGCAAAUUCCAGUGAUUUUGCAAACCCCGGUCAUUUAAGACGCAGCCUCUGUUUAUUCAUUGUUUUGACCGCCGUCCUCUCUUCCAUCUCACCCUGUCUGUCUGUUUCCUCCUGUUUGUGCUGUCCAGUUCCUUGAGGGGAUGCUGGAGGCCUGUCUCUAUGUGCUGGAGAAGUGUGAGAUCCCGCCGUCUGGUAGAGGAGACUCUGUGAACGUGGUCAGAGUCAUAUCUGCCAUGGUGAGUUACCGGUCAAUUUAUAUGACAUUCAGUAGUGAACGUACAACAUAUUUCUCAUACUCCACAUACUUUUCAAUGUAUUUAUACCUGUAAUAUCAUGUGUCAUAUCUUCUUUAUGAACGAUUGAUCUGAAUUAUGCUGAGGUAUGCUGAUGUCAAUUUCAUUACCAUCACUGUAUUAUUGUAAAAAAUAUUGUGUUCUCAAUAACCUACCUGGUUAAAUAAACCACCUGCUAUACUUUAUCCUACUGUAAUCAAAAUGGACUCUUUCUAAUUCGCUCUCUCCCUUCGUGGCGUCAGAUCAACUCCCCAGAUGACAAUGGGGUCCUGGCAGGAAACUGGUCAGGGAACUAUGUAGGAGGAGUUUCCCCUACAGCCUGGAGUGGCAGUGCGGACAUCCUGAUGAAAUACCACAAGGAGGGAGGCCAGCCUGUCAAAUACGGACAGUGCUGGGUCUUCUCUGGCGUUACCACCACAGGUGUGUGUGUGUGUGUGUGUGUGUGUGUGUGUGUGUGUGUGUGCAUACUAGUUUCUGCACAUGUGUGUUUUGCAUACCUAGACACAGUGGCAAUAUCAUGAUCCAUCACGUCCUCUUAUGUGUCUGGUGUCUUAUCAUGCUUUUCUCAUUAGUUUCUGUCUGUAACAGAACACCAUUCAUAGUGACAGGUCAGGGUGGCCCUCACCCGGUAGCUGACCACAGAGCAACACAGCAGUGCCUCUGAUAAUGGCCCCAUACUUCAUAUCUACCCAAAAUUCCCCGUCCACAUUCCUCUCAUACCUACCACUUUUGUCACAGACACACAAGCCCGUAUGUUGUAGUGAUGCCCGGGUUGACUCAUAACCCGCAGUCCCCGUGGUUAUAUCCGCAGGCGGGUUUAGGGUCAUUAAAUAUUGUGUGGAUGAAGGGUGGGUGGGUUUAAUAAAGAGAAAGCAAUACCUUAAAAAAUCCAUAAAUAUAUAAUUAUUGUGCAAUUUAUAUCUAUAGGCUACAUUGAGGUUUUUCUUUCAUUAUUGUAGGCUAUCUGGCAUGAGUGUAUAAGCCUAAGCUUUAGGGCCUAUAACUGUACACUCUCCAAAUAGCCUACAGAAAAUGUAUUUGGGCCUGAGCUACAGACGCUAUAUCGGUCCGCUAAUACAGGACUAGUAAAGGCUCAGUGCACUACAUUUCAACACUUUUUUAUAUUAUUUAUUAAGACUUUAUUUUUUAUUCUGAUUUUUCAGGGGGUGCUGCAGCACCCUCAGCACCCCUACUUCCCGUCCACGGUCCCUAAACAUCUUUGCUCCGCAAAAGAAACAGAGAUGACAGAGAGAACUUUACCGAUGUCAACUAGAUUGAAGCAUUCAUUCUAUCAAUUUAUGACAUUAUCCUGGUAACCAAGGGUUUAUUUAGUCUUCCAGGGCAACAUACAGCCUAUUGACAGAAGAGAAGCUGCAUGUAUCUAAUUAUUAUAGACAAGUUGACUAACAAAUAGCCUUCCAAAAUGUCAGAAAGUAUAAGCAGAAACAUAUCUAAAUCAGGCGGGGGAAGAAAUCCUGCACCCCCUGUCAGAAAAUAGUUCCGCCGUCUCUGACUGUAGCCUUUUUCUAUAUUAGCAGGUUAGGGUCGGGUGGAGGCCUCAGAUUUUCACUUUAUCACAUAUAUUCGGGCGGUUGCGGAUGGGUUAUUAACAAUUGCGGGCGGGUUUGGGUGAACAAAGAGUUGACCCACGCACCAUUAAUGUGUUGGCCAAUGUUGGGCCUUGCAAGGCUGUGUGAUGUCUCCUGUUUGCUUGCUUUUCAUAUCUGUGCAAAUGUUGUUCAUCCCUGGCUUUGUUUUUGCUCAAUCUAUGGUUACUUGACUUAUCAUACACUCUUAUUUAACCUGGUCUCACUCUCUCACUCCCCCCCACUCCCCACCCACCCUCCUUCUCUCCAUCUCUCAGUGCUCAGGUGUCUGGGUAUACCGUGUCGUAGUGUAACAAACUUCCAGUCCGCCCACGACACAGACGUCUCACUUACCACAGACGUGUAUUUUGAUGAGAAUAUGGAGCCGUUGGACCACCUCAACUCUGACUCUGUUUGGUGAGUUAUCAUCCACUUUAAGUAGGGCCCGGUUUUUCCUGAUCAAGUCAAGUGCAUCUAACCUGCCACAGGUUAAGAGUUCUCCACUUCAAUCCAGGCCACAUGAGUGUAUAUUUGGCUUUGCUCUAAAUACACAGAAAUGCCUUGCCACAAAUCAUACUCUAUAAAAGAAACACCAGGCUUGAGUUAUAGAAAUAAACGUCUUCGGUAAAACUCAAAUCCAAUUGUAUUUGUCACAUGCGCCGAAUACAACAGGUGUAGAUCUUACUGUGAAAUGCUUACUUACAAGCCCUUAAACGACAAUGCAGAAUUUUUUUUAAAGUAAGUAAGAAAAUAUUUGCUUUAAAAAAAAUACAAAAUAAACUAAAGUAAGAAAAAGAAGUACCACAAUAAAAUUACAAUAACGUGGCUAUAAACAGGAGGUACCGGUACCGAGUCAAUGUGCGGAGGUACAGGUUAGUCUAGGUAAUUGAGGUAAUAUGUACAUGUAGGUAGGGGUAAAGUGACUAUGCAUAGGGUGGUCCUCUGUAGCUCAAUUGGUAGAGCAUGGUGCUUGUAACGCCAAGGUAGUGGGUUCAAUCCCCGGGACCACCCAUACGUAAAAAUGUAUGCACACAUGACUGUAAGUCGCUUUGGAUAAAAGCGUCUGCUAAAUGGCAUAUUAUAUUAUAAUAAACAGCGAGUAGCAGCAGCAUAAAAAAAGGGGAUCAAUGCAAAUAGUCCGGGUAGCCAUUUGAUUAACUGUUUAGCAGUCUUAUGGCUUAGGGGUAGAAGCUGUUAAGGAGCCUUUUGGACCUAGACUUGGCGCUCUGGUACCGCUUGCCGUGCGGCAGCCGGGUGAACAGUCUAUGACUAGGGUGGCAGGAGUCUUUGACCAUUUUUAGGGCCUUCCUCUGACACCGCCUGGCAUAGACGUCCUGGAUGGCAAGAAGCUUGGCCCCAGUGAUGUACUGGGCCAUACGCACUACCCUCUGUAGCGCCUUGCGGUCAGAUACUCCUAACUAUGUAAUCCCAACAACCCCCUUCUCUGUGUAGGAACUUCCAUGUAUGGAACGACUGUUGGAUGUCCAGGCCAGACCUUCCUUCUGGUAUGGGUGGCUGGCAGGCGCUAGACUCCACCCCCCAGGAGACCAGCCAGGGGACCUUCCGCUGUGGCCCCGCCUCUGUCACCGCCAUCCGCACUGGCCAGGUCUACCACAAAUAUGACACGCCCUUCAUCUUCGCUGAGGUGAGCUCUAUGGGUAGGAGAUGGUUGAAGAUCUAUGAUCAGUUGUGAAUAGUAAUAAUAAAAUAUGCCAUUUAGUAGAUGCUUUUAUCCAAAGCGACUUAGAGUCAUGCGUGGCCCUGGGAAUCGAACCCACAAUUCUGCCGUUGCAAGCACCAUGAUCUACCAAUUGAGCCAUACUUCAUCUCACCCAUCACAGAUCUCAAAUUAGAGAAUAAAUGGCAAAACUGACAUUGGAUUACUUCCUAUCUUUUAUCAAAUAUCACACUCUUUCCCUGUUUCUCCAUUAAUGAAUGGUGCUGAUCCUGCCUGUCUGUCUCUGUGUGUGUCUCCUCAGGUGAACAGUGAUAAAAUAUACUGGCAGAGGAACCUGGAUGGUACCUUCACUCAGAUCCACAGUGAGAAGAAGGCUGUGGGACACUUCAUCAGCACCAAAGCUGUGGGCUCUGAUGAACGUGCUGACAUCACACACCUGUACAAACACACCGAAGGUACAGUGAUGUCAUCAUACACUUCAGUACACUGUCAGAGGGUCGCUUGGUAACCGUAUACACAUGGAAUAACACUCAGGUUGUAAUGGUGACAUCACUCACCUGUAAAGACAAGAUCAUCCGAGAUCAGGCUAUGAGGAAGGUGCCACACGGUCGAAAACAACAACCAUACCCCUAUGCACCUGCAAUGAACAGCAUUUUCUAUACAGACAUCAGGGAUAGUCAGAUAAUCACACUCUGUCGUUAUCUGGGCUAAUUAGGUUUUUGAUUGAAAUUAGCACACACAACCAAUAAUCACCCCUCUCUGCUCCCCCCACCAACCAGAAUCAGAGGAGGAGCGCAUCGCUGUGGAGACGGCCAGUCGCUAUGGCACCAGGCCUGAUGUGUACUCCACGCCGAUGGCGGAGGACGUGAGCGUGGAGGUGAAGAUGGAGGGGGAGGGGCCUCGUAUGGGGGAAGAUGCCCAGCUGACCAUCGUGGUGACCAACCUGAGCUCCCAGCCGCGCAGGACCACACUCCACAGCCAGGUGGCCGUCAUGUACUACACCGGGGUGCUGAAGGGAAUCGUCCAAAAGGACAAACUACCUGUGGAACUCAUGCCCAAUGAAGGUGAGUUAGCAAGUGGAAUAGGUGGAGGAUGUUGCCCCUCACUGCUACAGGGUCAGAUAAUUGUAAUACUCCUAAUUGUUAGGGUUGGAGUAAUCUGAUCCUAGAUCUGUGGUUUAGAGCAACUUCUAUCUCAAGCCAUGCCCCGCUAGCACCUUUUCAGCUCAGUAACAAUAUUAUCUCCACUCUGCAUUUGCUGUUACCACAUGUGUAUCCUCGAUCCUCUCAUCUGACCCCUGUACUGUAGAAUGUGUAAUAAUCUCUCUGUCUCUUCCUCCUCAGUGAAGACCAUGCAGUGGGUCCUACCCUACCAGAGCUACCAGAACCAGCUGGUGGACCAGGCUGCUCUGAUGCUGACUCUGUCUGGACGGGUCUCUGAGACCCAGCAGGUCCUGGCCACUCAGAACAACUUCAGGCUCCGCACACCUGACCUCAACAUCGAGGUAAGACGCAACUUAUCUUUAGCACAACCUGUUACUGGAUUCCUGUAAGGUUCAAAUUUGAAUUUUAAAAGUUGUAUUUGAGCAGCAGUACUGUAUACAGUAUGCUGGUUAUGUUCACUUCUCUCAUAAUAUUUUUUUCCUCAGCCUCUAUUUAAAUACCAAACCAAAUGCAAUGCCAUAGAAAUUAAGUAGUACAGAUGUCUGCGGCCAUGGCACAGAUUGCAUACAGAUGUCAUUGCACAGAUAAACAGUAGCACUGUAAAGUAUGAUGUUGUGUUUGUUUCCUCAGCCUGUAGGGAACGCGGUGGUGGGUAAGGAGAUGGCAGCCAAGAUCACGUUCACCAACCCUCUGCCACAUAAACUGAGGGGUGUUGUGUUCAGGGUGGAGGGAUUGGGCCUGCAGAAGGUCCACGAGGUGGUUGUGGGGUAAGACCAUGUAAUUAAGAAUUAGAAAACAAGUAAUUUAGAAUAUUAAUAUUAGUAAUUUCACAGGAUCUCUAUGGGCAAGACCCUUUAACCAUCUCAAUGUACAUAUGUAGGAUCUUAAUUUGAGCAAGUAUGCUGCAGCAGGAAAAUUAUCCUUGAGCAACAGGAAAUGUGAAUUAUUAUGUGGAUUAUAAUUAAUGAACAUUUUUGUAGGGUUUGAUAACUUUUUUGUUAGGGCAAAUCAAGUCUGAAAUGUCUAAGUGGAAAUGUACAACUUUAGAAGCCUUUUUAAAACUCAAAUAAACUAAGUUUGCAUUUCCUGAAACAAAAGUGAUCAGAUUAAGAUCCUAUAUCUGUAUUAGCCUAUUCUCUCUCUCUCUCUCUGUACCUCCAUCGCCUUUUCUCUGUCAAUUACGCUCACCAUCUAUAUCUGUCUCUGUAUUGUACUUAUAAAAUGUUUCCACUCUUUGUCCCUCUUCUAAGUAAUGUUAACCCUCCUUUCUCUCUGUCUCUCUCUCUCAGUGAUGUUGGAAGCCACUCCACGGUGACUCUGACAGAACACUUCAUCCCUACCCAGGCUGGGCCCAGGAAGCUGGUAGCGGCUCUGGACUGUAAACAGCUAACACAGGUGCACGGCGUCGCUGACAUCCACGUCCAGAACCAA